GUGAGCCGCAUUUAAAAUUUUAUCAAUCUUUGCAAACUUGUUCGCACAGAAUGAUAUUUUAAAGGUUUUGAGGUCUCAAGAUUUAUUCAUGGGCUUCCAAAACAAUAGAUAGACAUUUGAAAAAGGAGAAUUUUAACGAAGCUUCAGCUAUGGUUAUUAUCUCCAGUUCUCACAAAGUUUGGCCGUUGUUUCUCGUUGUGGCUUCCCUGAUGGGUAAAUCCACAAGUUUGGUGAUAAGUACUGCCCAGGGUCGAUUGAGAGGAGUACACAGGGAUGGACACGUUUCGUAUUUGGGGAUUCCUUAUGCCAGUAUCAGUUCACCAUUUUCCAGAUUUAAGGGAGCAGGCCUAGCGCCGACCUGGCAAGGCGUACGAGAAUCAGACCAGCGGCACUGCACAGCAUAUUCUCCAGUGGAGGACUGCCUUCACCUCGAUGUUCAUACACCUUCGAGCGCUGACAGCCCCUGGCCCGUCAUGGUGUGGGUGCGAGGAAGCAGCGGCCAGUACAACCCUGGGAAACUAGUGAAACAGUCAAUCGUUGUUGUCAUUGUCAGUCAUAGAAUGGGCCCAGCGGGAUUUCUGUGCAUGAAGGACGAGAGGAUUCCAGGCAACGCCGGGGCGAAGGACGUAGUACUAGCCCUGCGAUGGGUCCGAGACAACAUUGUCGCGUUCAAAGGCAACCCUUAUAAAGUUGUGGUUGCUGGACAAGGCUUCGGAGCGGCAAUGGUAGAAGCAAUAAUAUUAUCAUCAAUGGGGGACGGAUUGUAUCACGGAGCUAUUCUACAAAGCGGAAGCAUUUUGAGCCCUUGGGCAUUUAACUAUGAUGCAACAGCUAGAGGGAAAACUCUAGCAAGAAUACUAUCAAAUGAUGAUGAUAGUAUAGCAACUUUACUAAACACUACUAUAGAAGAAUUAGCAUCAAAAUCUGAGAAACUCGAUGUACCCUAUUUUCCGUUCGGGAUGUGUAUUGAGAAAUAUUUGAAAAAUGAAGAAUUACUCAUCGGUGAAUCUCCUUACGAAAUGAUGAAGAGGAAAGGAGGGUCAGUGCCGAUGAUCGUAGGUUACAACAGCGACGAAGCCUACGUCUUCGCGUCUGUACUGACACAAUCGAAUGUGGAAAAAAGGAUGUCUGAUGAUCUCUCGUUCCUGUUGCCAGAAGAGAUGAAGUUCAUGAAAGAUGGAGAAGUGGCGCAAGUGGCUCGGCAGAUUCAAGACGCAUAUUUCAAAGACAAUCACACGUUAGCUGCUGUUUUAGCUUAUCAUAGGGAUGCGUAUUUCGUCAAUCACAUCUACCGCAGCGUCCGUCGUCACUCCAGCGCCCACUCUCCUGUCUUCUUUUAUCAGUUCUCUCAUGUCGGAGACGCUGGUGUGUUACCAGAGCCAGGGGUUGAUAAAAUUGGAGCGGCCUUCUCGGAUGAACUGGCUUAUUUGUUCACUGAUGACGGGAGGGAGUUAGAAGGAAGAGAUAAAACGGCACAGGAAAAUCUGAUACGGAUUUGGACAAACUUUGUUAAAUAUUUACACCCAUCUCCCCACGGUGGCCAAUGGCAGCAGAUGGAGCCGUCAGCGCCGAGUCUGCUGGACAUCGACCACGAGCUCAAGAUGAAGCAGUUCCCCCACGCGAGGACGGCGCGCGCGUGGGACGACAUUUAUGACAAGUUCUAUUAUAAUAGACAUCGCUCUGACGAAUAGGCAUAAUCGAUAAGAUUUUAGGUUCAGUUCUUCUUCAUAGUCCUAUUCCUCAUGGCUGAGGGUUGUGGUUAUUACGUAAGAAUGAAACACACACAAUAACUUUCUUGUGUGGAGUGGAGUGGUUUGCCAUUGCCUUCUCCAUUUCACAUAUAAGUUAAUAAGAAUCAACCAGUGUGCAGGUUUCCUCACGAUGUUUUCCUUCACCGGAAGCAAGUGGUGGUCGAUGAAAACUACUAUACAUGAGUCAGAUUGGUAUACAAACUCAUGUGGCACGAGUAGGAUUCGAACCUGGGUCGCCAGCCUGGGAACAGGCUGGCGUCUUAACCAUUACACCACCACCUCUUCAGAUUCAGUUACAAAACUAAUAUCUUGGCUACAUUUGGCUAAAACCAUAAUAAAUUAUACAUCUAAAACUUCAUCUGAAUCUAUUGGUGAAAACCGUACAAAACUCCUUCUGGUAGUUUUUGAGUUUGUCGGGUUCAUACAGACAGACAUACAACGAGGAACUUAUUUUUUUAUAUAUAUUCUAAUAUGAAUGUGUAUCAGGAUGGCUGAGGAUACACAGACAUUGAACAUGGAAGUCACUCCACCAUUAAAAAACAACGUUCUACAAAGAAAACUGUAUGCUGUUAGAAUACAACUAGUUUCCUUCCUUGAUGACAUCGGAUGUCGACAUUAAUCCCACCCGAGAUGAAAAUGCCUUGUAAAAACUAUACAGAGCUCUGCAAAGACACAAUUCGACUCACUGUACCUAGGCCAAAUUCCCGUAGAAAGCUCACUAAAACAUUCAUCAUCCCCCAAACUCGAACAAACCUCGGAAAGCACGCACCCUUGCCGAGAAUGCUUUCCUCUUAUAAUGGAGUAAAUGCCAAGUAUGAUCUCGACAUUAUAUCACGAUUCGUUAUCGAAACUCAAACGUAAACUGCUGUCAUGCCAUCAAUGACAAAAUUUAAUUAUAAUUAUAUUAUUUUAACAAUUAAGGUAUAAAUUCAUAUAUCAAAUAAUCGUUAUUAAUUUCUGAAAUUUAUUCUUAUAUAACUGUAAUAUUUCAAUAGUAAUAGUUACUAAAUCUUGUAAUAUUAUUGUAAUCAGAAUAUGUAAUAACAAACACGCGCCUGUUUACUUGCGAGUUGUGUUCACCUGUAAUUGGGUUGCAUGCUAGCACAUAAGUUGAAUGUUACUUGUAAGUUUUGUUCAUGUAACCUGUUGGUGUACCUAAAUAAAUAAAUAAAGCAGAUUUAGAGGAAAAUAAGGGGAAAAAAAAGAUUUUUUUGAGACUGAGAUAA